AAAGAGAUGAAUAAGUUGUACGUUUUCUCUAUUGUCGUCUUAGGCUUCAUUUUGUUUGCGGUCAUCAAAGGAGAGAGUUUGUCCGAAACUCACGAAAAUUCAAAUAAAGUUGAUGGAUUAGAUGAUGUAAGGCAAUCUAAUAUAGUUGACGUUAUCGAAAUAGGAAAUGGUGAAAGUAGUAGUAUGUCUCUAUCCACACCCGAUUCAUCAAGUACAUCAUCAAGUACAUCCACAUCCGAUUCAUCAAGUACAUCCACACCCGAUUCAUCAAGUACAUCCACAUCCGAUUCAUCAAGUAGUACAUCCACACUCGAUUCAUCAAGUACAUCCACACCCGAUUCAUCAAGUACAUCCACAUCCGAACCAUCAACCACAUCCACACCUCAUCCAUCAACCAUAUCCACACCUCAUCCAUCAACUACAUCCACAAGUAAUUCUUCUAGGAUGUUAGAAGAAAAUUAAUUUUUCAAGAGUCAUGUCAAAGAGAUGAAAGACGAUAGUAUGAUGACCACAAAAAUAUAUCUCCGAGAAAUACCUUUUAUAAUUUUUAAAAUUACAAACGGAAAAUGUAAUUAAUUGUAAUAAAUUAAACUUUAUGGUAA